UCCCCACAGGAUAGCCAUCUAGAACACUGCGUGAUCAGUGGAUGACCAUAUCCCUCUUGCAUAGUGUGGCGUCACUCCUCAUUCUUUUCCGGCAUCGGUCCUCGAGAAGUUCGGUCGUGUCCGCGUCGUCCUCUACCCGACAAAAUGACGUCCAAGGUAUCCCGUGAUACUCUCUACGAAUGCGUAAACGGCGUGCUCCAGCACUCCCAAGAAAAGAAGAGAAAUUUCCUGGAGACGAUAGAGCUGCAGAUUGGCUUGAAGAAUUAUGAUCCACAGAAGGACAAGCGUUUCUCAGGCACUGUCAAGUUGAAGCAUAUUCCCAGGCCAAAAAUGCAAGUGUGCGUUCUUGGCGAUCAACAGCAUUGCGAUGAGGCUAAGGCGAAUAAUAUUCCGUACAUGGAUGCAGAGGCAUUGAAGAAGCUCAACAAGAACAAGAAACUCGUCAAAAAACUCGCGAAGAAAUACGACGCGUUCUUGGCCAGCGAGUCAUUGAUCAAACAGAUUCCCCGUCUCCUUGGUCCCGGUUUGAACAAAGCCGGUAAAUUCCCUGGGCUGUUAUCUCACCAGGAGUCGAUGGUCGGCAAGAUUGACGAGGUCAAGGCCACCAUCAAGUUCCAGAUGAAGAAGGUAUUGUGCCUGUCAGUGGCGGUCGGACACGUUGACAUGACGCCUGAUGAGCUCGUGCAGAAUGUUCAUCUCUCGAUAAACUUCCUCGUCUCGCUGCUGAAGAAGCACUGGCAGAACGUGCGUUCGCUUCACAUCAAGUCUACCAUGGGACCACCACAGAGACUGUACUAAGUGUGCAUACCUGCAAUUCGCUGCAUCACGUUUGUGACAAUAAAAAGAACAAGAAAAGAAA